AUGCUUCACAGGGACGCGCUGGCUUUACGUCCAGUCGGUCACCCAGAUCGGUCCUCGUCGUUUGAUAACCUUGCGAUUGUGCUCUUUAUCCGUUUCCAGCACCGAGGCAAUGACCAAGACUUGGAUGACGCUGUCAUGCUUCACAGGGAUGCGCUGGCUUUACGUCCAGUCGGUCACCCAGGUCGGUCCACGUCAUUAAAUAACCUUGCGAAUGUGCUCGCCACCCGCUUCAUGCAGCGAGGCAACGAUCAAGACUUGGAUGAUGCUGUCAUGCUUCACAGGGACGCACUGGCUUUACAUCCAGUCGGUCACCCAGAUCGGUCCUCGUCAUUAAAUAACCUUGCGACUAUGCUCUCCACCCGCUUCGAGCACCGAGGCAAUGACCAAGACUUGGAUGACGCUGUCAUGCUUCACAGGGAUGCGCUGGCUUUACGUCCAGUCGGUCACCCAGAUCGGUCCUCGAUAUUAAAUAACCUUGCAACUGUGCUCUCCACCCGCUUCCAGCACCGAGGCAAUGACAAAGACUUGGAUGAUGCUGUCAUGCUUCACAGGGACGCGCUGGAUUUAUGUCCAGUCGGUCACUCAGAUCGGUCCUUGUCAUUAGAUAAUCUUGCCGGUGUGCUCUCCACCCGCUUCCAGCACCGAGGCAAUCACCAAGACUUGGAUGAUGCUGUCAUGCUUAUCAGGGACGCAAUGGCCUUACGCCCAGUCGGUCACCCACAUCGGUCCUCCUUAUUAAAUAACCUUGCGACUGUGCUCUCCACCCGCUUCCAGCACCGAGGCAAUGACCAAGACUUGGAUGAUGCUGUCAUGCUUCACAGGGACGCGCUGGCUUUAUGUCCAGUCGGUCACUCAAAUCGUUCCUUGACAUCAAAUAACCUUGCCGGUGUGCUCUCCACCCGCUUCGAGCACCGAGGCAAUGACCAAGACUUGGAUGACGCUAUCGUCUUUUACAGGGAUGCGCUGGCCUUACGUCCAGUCGGUCACCCGGAUCGGUCCUCGUCAUUAAAUAGCCUUGCGAGUGUGCUCUACACCCGCUUCAAGCACCGAGGCAAUGACCAAGACUUGGAUGAUGCUGUCAUGCUUCACAGGGACGCGCUGACUUUACGUCCAGUCGGUCACCCACAUCGGUCCUUGUCAUUAAAUAACCUUGCGGCUGUGCUCUCCACCCGCUUCGAGCACCGAGGCAAUGACCAAGACUUGGAUGACGCUAUCAUGCUUCACAGGGACGCAAUGGCCCUACGCCCAGUCGGUCACCAAGAUCAGUCCUUGUCAUUAAAUAAUCUUGCGGCUGUGCUCUCCAUCCGCUUCGAGCACCGAGGCAAUGACCAAGACUUGGAUGAUGCUGUCAUGCUUCACAGGGACGCGCUGGCUUUAUGUCCAGUCGGUCAAUCAGAUCGGUCCUCGACAAUAAAUAACCUUGCCAGUGUGCUCUACACCCGCUUCAAGCACAGAGGCGAUGACCAAGACUUGGAUGACGCUGUCAUGCUUCACAGGGACGCGCUGGCUUUACGUCCAGUCGGUCACCCAGAUCGGUCCAGGUCGUUGAAUAACCUUGCGAAUGUGCUCUCCACCCGCUUCGAGCACCGAGGCAAUGACCAAGACUUGGAUGACGCUAUCGUCUUUUACAGGGAUGCGCUGGCCUUACGCCCAGUCGGUCACCCAGAUCGGUCCAUGUCAUUAAAUAACCUUGGGAAUAUGCUCUCUACCCGCUUCAAGCACCGACGCGAUCGAGAAGACCUCCAUGAUCUGCGUUGGGUUUACGAUGCUGAUCAACUUUCACAUGAUACCGCACUGGAGGCUUAUGCAACUUCCAUGCAGCUUCUGGACGCUUACAUGUCCGCGACAGCUUCAGUAUCAUCUCGUCACAAUGCCAUGAAGGACUUUCCAAGUACGCUUGCCGUGGAUGCUGCUUCAUGUGCUCUUCGUCGCGGUGAUGUACGUCGCGCUGUCGAGUUGCUAGAACAAGGCAGGACUGUCAUCUGGACCCAGAUGACACGACUCCGCAUGCCUCUUGACGGCCUCCAAGAUCUCGGUGAUCAUGCAGUGGCCUUGAUGAAGAAAUUCAGACACUUCAGCUCUCUCCUUGAUGCACCUCCUACGAAUCAUCCAGAAGGGUCCCCAAGAGUCAAUGUAGAAGCAGAAGCAAGCCGGUACCGACGUCUAGUGGAGGACUGGAAUAGAGUUGUAGAAGAUAUUCGGAAUAACGAGGGCUUCUCUCGCUUCCUACUUCCCCCUUUGUUCUCAGAUCUUCAAGAUGCAGCUCGGGAUGGGCCUAUCAUCGUGCUCGUUGCAAGCAAGUCGUCUUGCGAUGCCAUUAUUAUCCCGCACAAGCAAUCUCCGAUCAGCAUCAAACUCCGUAUCAAUUCGGAGACACUCCAAAAUUUGGUGCACAGAUUCCAAUCAGCAACUGUGCCCACACCCGCUCCCAAAAGCACCCACUCGGCGCUGAUGAAAGCUUUGAGGGAGUUAUGGAACGACAUCGUCUACCCAGUGGUCGAACAUCUGGGCGCAGUUGCACCAUCACGUUCCCGGAUAUGGUGGUGCCCGACAGGUGCCUUCAAUUUCUUGCCGUUGCACGCCGCUGGCGAGUACAGGGCACACGGACAGUCCCUUUCGCAGCUGUAUAUCUCUUCAUACACGCCAUCGCUUACCGCCCUGAUCAGGACUCGCAGGAGUCAUGACAGAUCCCUGUCAGUGCCCUUUGCUGCCAUCGGUCAGAAUCACCCAGCUGGUCAUCCAUUCACUUUGGAGUGUGUGGAGCCCGAACUAGAAUUGGUGCGGAGUCUUUUGCCCCCUCCUCCGACUGUUUCCUUCACCAAAAUAACGAGCGUUGAGGCAACGAAAUCGAGAGCAUUGGAUGCAUUGCGAGACAAUACCUGGCUUCAUUUUUCGUGUCACGGGACACAGAACUAUACAGAACCCUUCAAGUCGGCCUUCCUCAUGCGCGACCAACCGCUUUCACUCCUCGAUAUCGCACAAACGGAUCUGUCUAGGCAUGAAUUAGCCUUUCUUUCUGCCUGUGAAACCGCUGUUGGUGAUGCCAAUACGCCUGACGAAGUCAUACACCUGGCGGCUAGCCUUCAAUUUGCUGGUGUGCAGAGUGUAGUUGGGACAUUAUGGAGCGUCAACGAUAGUACGGUGCAGCGCUUAGUCGAGGCAUUCUACAAGAACUUGUGCGGGGAUGGCAAGAUGAAUUCCAAGCGAGCUGCCCGAGCGCUGCACCGAGCGGUCCAGUUGUUGGCUAGUGACAAGGACAUGCCCUUGGACCAGCGCAUAGUUUUCAUCCAUAUUGGCAUAUAA